AUGAGAUCUCUCGUCGCGAUCCUUACGUUUCUUUUCGUCCAAAGGUGUGCAGCCCUGCAGCCUCAUCUUCCAUCUCAGAGUUUGCGACUACUCGUCGGGAACGCUCUUAUGCCACAGAUGAGCCACCCCUGCACGUCUCGUGAAUACGUUGCUGAUGCCGUCUUGAGGAGGCUUUCCCGGGGCAGCAGAGAUGACCUCAUUUCGGACGAAUCUGUAAACAACCUUCUUCCGGGAUGCCUAGAAGUUAGGGACAUGCCCUACCGCAUGCAUGCUAGGGAGGUGCCCGGCGACGGCGCCUGCCUUUUCGCGUCAGUGGCUGCAUGCUUAUGGUGGAGUGCCUUUGAGACGCAUGCAGAUCUUAAUGAUCCUGCGUUCCUGGACAUGAUCGGCUCUCUUCGGCAGCUAGCAGUUGACACGCUACAGGAUACAAAUGUUUCAACCCUCGUACUAGAAGGCGACGAGGUGCUGCCGCGUAGCAGCCUGGUCAAUCUGGCUGCGGCGGACUACAAUACAACUCCCGCGGCGUAUUGCGAAAGGAUGCGCCUGCCGAACACGUGGGGCGGAGGUCCGGAGAUCGUUGCUCUGAGCCACGCACUCCGACGUGUUAUUGUCGUCUACGAGGUACACGACCCGAGUCUGCGGAGCGGAAACUCCCAAGGUAGUUCGGCUCACUGCAUGCACCCCGUUUGCCUUGGCCAACUUUCGUCAAGUGAUGGAACUGCUCAAAAUGCACCUAACCAGACUGCACUAAAGGUGAUUGCAUGUCUUGGCUUCCCCCAAAACGUUGCGGAGGAACCUCUUCACAUCUUGUUCACCAGCUCUGCGGCCUGUUCAACUGGCUUACGGCCGCAUGCUGGGCAGACAGCGGAUCAUUUCCUGCCCUUGUUUCCUGCUGUGUCACGGAAAUAG